CAUCCAGCCAGCCAAAGGAGAGAAGUAGGCGACACUAAGAGACAGAGACGGGAGCCAGAGGAGAGAGGAGGAACCAAAGAGCCAGUCAGAGAGAAAGUGAGAGGGACUGGGAGCUGUGGGACGUGAGGUGAAAAUGGCACAACGUCUGCGUUUGUAUUUUGGAUCAGGCCGCAGUAACACAGCCCCGGAGAUACUGGAAGGGGACUGUGAGGACCACGACAAAGAUGUGGUUACGCCGCUUAGCAUGCAGCCACCUCAAGAAUCAAGAUCUUCUCAAAUGCAAGCUGCGCAGCGUGUCCCACCAAGGGCUUUUGGUCCGCUCUCUGAGCCUUUGCUUAAACGCAGCUCCUCCAUGUUCAUACCCCAGCUUGCUGCCUACACUGACCCACGGCCCACUAAGAGCUCCUCCAUGCAAAUCUCCCUCCAGCGUUCCAAUGGAUCAAGUAAUGGAGAUUCCAUUGGCCCUGCGGAUGAUAUCCCGCCACCUAGUUAUAGUCCUCCAGGACCUGCGCCUGCCUAUACCGAACCACAGAUUCAAACAGAUAUUCCGCUGCCGCCGCCUCCUCCGUACGACAGCCCGGAUUCUUUCAACUCGCAAACUUUUCUGAUGGAGCCGAACUUGCCCAAACGCAGAGUCUUUAGUAUUGGUUCAAAUGGCCAUACUGUGUACAGCAAAGGACAACCUGGUAUCAGUGGAAUUUGCAUCCAGAGGAACUCCCCUGAUGGAUCUGAUAUCCAGCAUUUCAGAAUCCUUCCUUAUGGUGGUACUGGCUGGUCUGUCCAGCAGCAGAGCUUAGACCAUUGCUCUGGUGGGAAUGGUGGAACACAGAGAUUAGUGUUUCAGCUCCAGCAAAAUCAGGACCAGGAUCAGAACCAGGGCAGGCAACAGGCUGCUGCUGCAUCACCAGAAGAAUGCACAGAUGUUGGCCUUGCCAGCUUAAAAGCUGGCCGUGUCGUGCGCUACCCCAAAAUUCGACUGGAGCGAGGCUCAUCUUAUCAGAGGCUGCUGCUGGAGAAUCAACAAAGUGGUGCAGAUAGCCAAGCUAUAGAGGACACCCAAACAGACACAGAGACACAGAUAAUGGACGCAGGAAACAGAUCCAAUGGUUGUACUUUCAAAAUCAGUGGAGAUGCUCCUCGAAGGCAGCCUCAUUUCAAGAUAUAUUUUACCUCGGGUGGAGGUGGAGAUCAGGAUGUGAACCUUUGCAAUGAUUCCAUGAGGAAUAAUCCCAAGACCAGAGAUGAUUUCCUGGGUCAGGUUGAUGUUCCACUCAGUCAUCUGCCGACAGAGGACCCGGCGAUGGAGCGUCCCUACACGUUUAAAGACUUCCUCCUGCGGCCCAGAAGUCACAAGUCCAGGGUGAAGGGUUACCUACGUCUGAAGAUGGCCUAUCUGCCCAAACAAGGAGGACACGAGGAGGAGGCCGGAGAAAUAAGGGAGGAGGCUGAGGGAUGGGAUGAGUCUGCAGACUCAGGCUCCCAGCGACCACAACAGCUGCUGCCGCCACUGCCCCCAGGCUGGGAAGAGAAAGUGGACAACCUGGGACGGACCUACUAUGUCAACCACAACAACCGCAGCACACAAUGGAAACGGCCCUCCAACAUUGAUGUGAUUUCAGAGACUGAGAGUGAUAAUCAACAGCGGCAGAUCAAUCAGGAAGCUCACCGUGUUUUCCGAUCGAGACGCCACAUUAGUGAAGACCUGGAGAAUGAGCACCUGGAACCCAGGGACAUGGACAAUUCCUGGGAGCUCAUCACAGAAGAAGAUCCCAGCGACAGCUCGCCCCCGUCUCUACCCGGCCCCUCCUCCAUCUCCACACCGCAGCACCCACCAACAGCCGUCUCACAGGAGUUUUCGGAAGAUUUGAAUCUGAGGCUGUCGCUCACCCCUGAUACCAAUGGGGAAGUACCAGGGCCGAGCUCUGCCCUGGGCCAACUGUCAAACAGACUCCGCUCCUCUAGUAUGACGGAUGGCGUCAGUGAACAGGCCCAGGCUCCUCCACUCACGCAGAGUUCCCAGACCAGAAGAACAAGAGCUCAAACAGUCUCAGGUGGUGAGGAGUCGAUGUCUCCCUCGUCGACUGCUUACACCUUGACCACACCUGGCCUGCCCCCUGGAUGGGAGGAGAGGAAGGACGCCAAGGGAAGAACUUAUUACGUGAACCAUAACAACCGCACCACAACCUGGACUAGGCCAAUUGUGCAGCUGACUGAAGACGGAGCCAGCACCUCAGCAGCAGCAGAAGCAGCAUCAUCAUCAUCUGCAGCAGCAUCAGCGUCAGGAGGAGCCUCAGCCCUGCCACCCCCAUCCACCCCCUCCUCCUCCUCCUCCAAUGCCUCCAACAACCACCUCCAUGAACCCCAAGUCCGACGACCUCGUAGCCUCAGCUCCCCUACAGUCACCCUUUCCACCCCCUUAGAGGGAGCCAACAAUAUCCAGGUACGGAGGGCUGUAAAGGACACAUUCUCCAAUCCCCAGUCACCCCAACCAUCCCCCUACAGUUCCCCAAAGUCUCAGCACAAGACACAGCAGAGCUUCCUGCCCCCAGGCUGGGAGAUGAGGAUAGCCCCCAACGGACGGCCUUUCUUCAUCGACCACAACAGCAGAGCAACCACCUGGGAGGAUCCCAGAUUGAAAUACCCAGUACAUAUGAGGAAUAAGAAUUCAAUGGAGCCUGGUGAACUUGGUCCUCUUCCUCCUGGGUGGGAAGAGAGAGUUCACUCAGACGGACGCACUUUCUACAUUGACCACAAUACGAAGAACACGCAGUGGGAGGACCCUCGACUGCAGAGUCCAGCUAUCACAGGACCUGCUGUUCCCUACUCCAGAGAGUUCAAGCAGAAAUACGACUACUUCCGGAAGAAACUGAAGAAACCUGCUGACAUCCCCAACCGAUUCGAGAUGAAACUGCACAGGAACAACAUCUUCGAAGAGUCGUACCGUCGCAUCAUGUCCCUGAAGAGGCCGGAUGUUCUGAAGGCACGGCUGUGGAUUGAGUUCGAGUCAGAGAAAGGGUUGGACUACGGCGGCGUGGCCAGAGAGUGGUUCUUCCUCUUAUCUAAGGAGAUGUUCAAUCCUUACUACGGCCUGUUUGAAUACUCUGCCACGGACAACUACACUCUUCAAAUUAACCCCAACUCCGGCUUGUGCAACGAGGAUCAUCUCUCCUACUUCAAGUUUAUCGGACGUGUGGCAGGAAUGGCUGUGUUUCAUGGAAAACUACUUGAUGGUUUUUUCAUCCGACCAUUUUACAAGAUGAUGCUGGGAAAACAGAUCUCUCUCAAAGACAUGGAGUCUGUGGACAGUGAAUACUACAACUCUCUGAAGUGGAUUCUGGAGAAUGAUCCCACUGAGCUGGACCUGAGGUUUUGUAUUGAUGAAGACAACUUUGGACAGACCUACCAGGUCGACCUGAAGCCCAGCGGCUCAGACAUGGUCGUCACCAAUGACAACAAAAAGGAAUACAUAGACCUGGUCAUCCAGUGGAGGUUUGUCAACCGGGUCCAGAAGCAGAUGAAUGCUUUCCUUGAGGGAUUCACUGAGCUCAUCCUAAUAGAUCUGAUCAAGAUCUUUGAUGAAAACGAACUGGAGCUGCUCAUGUGUGGUCUGGGUGAUGUCGACGUCAAUGACUGGAGACAACACACUGUUUACAAGAACGGAUACUGUCCCAACCAUCCUGUUAUACAGUGGUUCUGGAAGGUCGUUCUGUUGAUGGAUGCUGAGAAGAGAAUCCGGCUCCUCCAGUUUGUGACGGGAACAUCUCGAGUACCAAUGAACGGCUUUGCCGAGCUUUAUGGUUCUAAUGGUCCUCAGCUGUUCACCAUUGAGCAGUGGGGAACACCAGAUAAGUUGCCAAGAGCUCACACAUGUUUCAACCGCUUGGAUCUGCCAACCUACGAGUCCUUUGAGGACCUGAGAGAGAAACUCCUCAUGGCCGUGGAAAACGCGCAGGGCUUCGAGGGAGUCGACUAAACCUGACUGAACUCAACCAACCAUCAUUUCUAAGAAAUUAAAACAAGACAAAAAGCCACAGGGAUGCCAAACCAGCCGCUGUAGCAGUUCUGUGCAAGCAUGUUGAACUGUAACGCCCGACUGUGAGCCACUACCACAGCACAGCGGUUUGAGACUGUACAGCAACUUGUCGAGCCACUAUGCCUACGUCUUUAUAUCUUUUCAGUGUGGGUUCAUUCUGUAAAGGUGCUGGAGGGGAAGAGCGGGAGCGUUGAGCACUGACGAAUGCUGAAACCUGUUUUCAUCCGCAAGGCAUGAGCGACGAAUGACGAGAUCCAGCCUCUGAUCUGCCGUGUCCCUCCCCUCUACCCUCAUUCUGUGAAAAUCUACAGUGCUGGAAAACACUAAUGCAUUUCAAUAGCUCCUUUACGUACACUAUAGCACAGUAUUCGAGCAGCCUUCAGCGGGAGGCUCUUAGCAUGGCCUUAAUCUGGCUCCUACAUGCACUAUUUCUCUAAGAAACUGCAAUGGCACUAUGAUCACUACUCUGUCAAAUCCUUAGACCAACACCAGACUAACCUUAGGAAUGCUAGCCAAUCACAUUACAGGAAAUCGACCACACCCCCUCUCCGUAGAGCCGCAUUUAUGUUGUUGGAUCAGAAAUUGCCGCCGCAGCCUUUUUGUAGAAUCACUUUCUUUUCUUUUCUUUUCUUUUCUUCUUUUAAGGCACCGGUAAGGAUUUCUGAGUUGGGGGAUGACAUAAUCCUCAAAGAUAAUUUUAAUAGUUCUCGUCAUCAUCUUUUUUUAAAAUCAUUGUUAUAAUUCUUACAGGAAAAUACACUCACCGUAUUUGUACCGAUGAACAAUGUUGUUUACGAUUUUGAGAAUUCUAUAUGACA